CCUCCCCCUCUCCCUCCUCCUGUCCUGGGGCCCUUUCAAGACUCUCCCUCCCAGCUGCCUGCUCCUCAGAACCCGAAGAUUUGGCUCUACAACACGGAGCAGGUCCUGAGCUGGGAGCCGGGGUUGCUGAGCCACGAGGCGGGGCCGGUGGUGUACCAGGUGCAGUUCAAAUACCCCAGCAGCCGCGAGUGGUCCGACGUCACUGUAAGCAGCGUCGGGGUGAACUGUUCGAAGAUCUCGGCGACCGAGUGUGACUUCACCCCCACCAGCCUGUCCCGGGGUUUCCUGUGCUACUUCAACGUCUCCCUGCGCGUCCGGGCCGAGCUGCCGGGGCUGCCGGGGCGCGCCUCCGCCUGGGCCUCGGUGCCCUGGUUCCAGCACUACCGCAACGUGACCAUCGGGCCUCCAGGACACGUCUGGGUGACCCCCGGAGAAGGCUCCCUGGUCAUCAAGCUGUCCCCGCCCUUCAACAUCGCCGACCCCUCCAUGGUUACGUUUCUGUAUUACGUCCAUUACUGGGAAAAGGCCAGAAACCCACAGGUGGAAGGCCCCUUCAGGGACAGCUCCAUCGUGCUGCGGGACCUGCAGCCCCUGAGCGAGUACUGCCUCCAGGUCCAGGCCCACCUGCUCUGGAAAUCCCAGGAACUCAGCAGGCCCGGGCGCUUAAGCAACGUGUCUUGUCAUGAGACCUCAGCAGACGCCUCCACCAAGCUGCAGCGAGUGGUCCUGGUUGCUGUGGCCACCUUCCUGUCGCUGGCCGGGCUGGUGGGCGCCUGCGUCUUCCUGAUCCUGAGGUUCCGGGGCCUGAUCAAGUACUGGUUCCACUCCCCGCCCGGCAUCCCGGCGCAGAUAGAAGAGUUUUUAAAGGACCCGGCUCAGCACAUGCUGGAGGCCCUGGACCAGGACAGCCCAGCCGAGGACGAUGCCUGGGAACCGGUAUCUGAAGUCUCAUCUCCAGAGCAGGAGCAGAGGGCGCUCUCCAGAGCAGAGGGCGCUCCUACAACACUUUGACCCAAAGCGCUGUCGGCCCAGCCUGCGGGGGCUGGAGCGGGACCAAGCCCACGCCACCCGGCCUGCGGGAGCUGGAGCGGGACUGAGCCCAGCCGCUCACCUGCUCCUGUCAGGACUUUCCAAGCCCAGGACUCCAAGUGCCCACUGUGGACAGGGCCAUCGGCCUGGGGGUACAAGUGCACCUUGUUGGGGAAGACACGUUUACUUGUUUCUUUAAGAAUUUUCUAAUUGUACGAUUUUACGAAUGAUUCGACAGAGAUAUCCCCCCAAAGUGGUUCCUCUUAAACACUAAAACGGCCUGUCAUUCGUUGUUGGCAAGUGGCCCUGGCGCUCCAGUGAGCUCCCCCGUCGGACCCGCAGGCAGGAGCCGGCCGCUCCUGGACCCCACAGGUCCCGGCGCCUGUCCGUCACCGCCCGCUGACCCAGCAGGGACCCUGAGUGCCUUCGCAGCCAGUCCCCGGCUUAAAGCGGAAUUAAUCCUGUAAAUAGUUUCCUAGUUAUUUAAGGGUUUUUUUUCAACCUUGAAAUAAAAGACUGUAUAGUUAACGUUUUAAAAA